AUGCAAUUUCAAGAGUAUAAUCUACAGGUCAGAAGGCUGUCAGGUUUACCGCAAGGAGCCAAUCACACGAAGGAAUACUGCUACAAGCCUUUAACUGUAAUCCAAAAAUACCUUCUAUUGGCUGCUGCAACUCACGUGGUUCUAAGUUUCCUUGUCCUACAAAACGUUAGUUGCCAAUCGUUGUGUAUUUUUGGGAGCAGUGAAAUCAUGCGUCUUCAUAAAGUCUGUAUAGUAUUCUUACUUUUUAUAACUCUUUAUGGAAUACCUUCUGAUGGACAGAAGAAAAAAGAGAUGCUUUUGUCUGAAAAAGUUGGACAACUGAUGGACUGGGCCAGUAAAAGAGCUGUAAUUCGUAUGAAUGGAGAUAAAUUUCGACGUUUAGUGAAAGCUCCACCAAGGAAUUACUCUGUCGUUGUGAUGUUUACAGCACUGCAGCCUCAAAGACAAUGUGUUGUUUGCAAGCAGGCAGAUGAAGAAUACCAGAUUUUGGCAAAUUCAUGGCGUUAUUCCAGUGCUUUCACUAAUAAGAUAUUUUUUGCUGCAGUGGAUUUUGAUGAAGGUUCAGAUGUUUUCCAUAUGAUGAAUAUGAAUUCUGCUCCAACAUUUAUGCACUUCCCAUCCAAAGGGAAGCCGAAAAGAGCUGACACCUAUGACCUUCCAGUUCGAGGUUUUGCUGCAGAGCAGUUAGCAAGGUGGAUUGCAGACAGAACCGAUGUUGUCAUACGUGUAAUUAGGCCACCAAACUAUGCUGGCCCUCUCAUGUUGGGCUUUCUUCUCGCUGUUAUUGGAGGGCUGGUCUAUCUGAGAAGGAAUAACCUUGAUUUUCUGUAUAAUCGAAAUGCUUGGGCAUUUGCUGCUUUGUGUUUUGUGCUUAUUAUGACUUCUGGCCAGAUGUGGAACCACAUCCGUGGACCUCCAUAUGCACACAAGAAUCCAAAUACAGGACAAGUGAGUUACAUCCAUGGAAGCAGUCAAGCACAGUUUGUCGCAGAAACGCACAUUGUUUUGUUGUUCAAUGCUGCUGUUACCUUAGGAAUGGUACUUUUACAUGAAGCAGCAACAUCAGAUAUGGAAAUUGGGAAACGGAAGAUAAUGUGUGUUGCUGGUAUAGGACUAGUUGUCUUUUUCUAUAGCUGGUUAUUGUCUAUCUUUAAAGCCAAGUAUCAUGGAUACCCAUAUAGUUUACUUAUAGGUUAAAUGGAGCCCUCAUUUACAUAGGUGUACUGGUUUAUAUACCCUGAACGAUGAGGAUGUGCAUCAUCAUCUCUUCCAGAUAAAGAGGACUUUGUUUUCCUAUUGCUACCUCCUAAGUCGUGUGAUAGAAUUGACCAAUCAAACCAAAGACUUGGUAGUGCCUUAAUGUGAUAGUCAUCUUUAAACAUUUUCUAAGUUUGGAAACUUCCAAAAUAUUAAUAUUUUUCAUAACAGCAUAAGUUGUAACUUAUUUCAAGUAUUUUUCCAUAAUAAGAAAAAGAAAAUACAAGAAUCACGUUACAGGUCUUUUUAGGAAUUAUUUUUCAAGAGUUAAAGUAUUCUGUAUUUUUUCUUUCUCACAACAAAAUAUGUCCUCAGCAUAAAGUUCUUGCUGCCUAUGCUCUUUUUAACACUGUAAGUGUGCAUCUGAAGUUCACAUAGAGGGACACUGUACUAGUCAGUUUGACUCAUUAGUUAUUAUGUGGUCCUAAUAAUUUUGUAAAAUAUCGAAACACUUGUGAUGUACUAUAAAAAAGAAAAGAAGGUAAAAAUAAAUGAUUUGUGAACAGAGGCAAGUCAACGCCUACAGGAGGUUUUGUGAUAUUUUUGGCAAAAGGUGCCUUAACUUAGUCUACCAUUUAAUUUAAAGGGCUUAUUUCUUGGUUAAUUAUAUUUGUAACAAAUUAAGAUUUUAUGAGAAAACAAAAAAUGUUUUUGUGAUUGUUAAUUUUUUUUUUAAUAAAUAUAUUGUUUUGAAGUUUU